AUGUCUACUGGAUUGCUGGGAGCACUAGAAUCUGCUUCCAACCGAACUAUUGUUCCCGAGUCGCAGCUGGGGCAAACCGAACUUCCCCUCGGACCUCCGCGACAUAAAAACCCGUACCGCACAUUGACUGGGCUCCCGAUGGAUCCAGCGCGUAGCCGUCCGGACACAAGCGAGCCGGAGCCGACCUCGCCCGUCGACAGGCCAGGCGUGGCAAGCCAGCCGACGAUCCACAUCGUGACCCAGGACGACUGCUUCAAGCACGUGUUCCGGCGGACGAAGGAGCGCUCGACGAUCUACGAGCGGCCCGAGCGGCUGCGCUUCGUCAACCUCGGCCUCGCCGCCGCCCUCGCCUGGCACUCGCUCCGCAACCCCGACUCCCCCGCCCGUCUCCCAGCCCCACCAUCGGCCACCGACGAGCCCCCAUCCUCCUUCCCACUCGUCCUCACCCCCCAAGUCACAUUCACCAAAACCACUCGCAAAAUCGCCCCUCACGAUCCCGCAUUCGCUCACAUCCACGACCAGCCUAAUCGCCCACCUUCCCCUGAUCCCGCCAUCGCUUCCAGCUCGCAACCUCACCCAGAUCGCUUUGCCACCUUCCAUUCUUCCAAAACUUAUCUCGAACAACUCAUCAGCCUGUGUCUUCAGGCUUCGGACCUCAAUCUGGAUGGCCUGUCUGAAGUGCCCGAGCAUUUACCCCAAGGAGAUCUCUAUCUUUCGCCGGGAAGCGAGGCGGCGAUCCUGGGAUCAAUAGGCACCUGCUACACGGCCAUCGAUUCGGUGCUCAAAGCUGAGCAGAAGGGGGAGGAUGGAACGUACAAAAAGGCCUUCGUCAAUGUCCGUCCGCCGGGGCACCAUUGCACGAACGCGGAGCCGAUGGGCUUCUGCUGGGUGAACAACGUGCUCAUCGGGUGCAUGUACAGCCAUCUCAACUACGGCAUCGACCGGAUCUGCAUCGUCGACAUCGACCUGCACCACGGGAACGGCAGCCAGGAGAUCGUCUGGCGGAUCAACGAGCAAGCCGGCCUGCUCCCCCCGUCGGGCCCAGCGGACCAGAAGCGCAGACUCCUGAUCAGCUACAGCUCGCUCCACGACAUCAACUCCUAUCCCUGCGAGGACGGAGACCCCGCUAGGAUCAAGGAUGCCUCCCUCAACAUCUGCGUCGGCAACGCGAUCAACCAGUUCAUCCAGAACCUCCACCUCGAGGACUGGUCUGACGAGCCGGACUUCUUCGAGAGACUGUACCCCAAAACUUGGCAAGCCUUCGAGCAGCACAUGUCGGCCUUCUUCCGGAUCACUGCUGCCGACCCAGACCGGUCGCUGAUCUUUGUCAGUGCGGGAUUUGAUGCCUGCGAACACGAGAGCGAGGAUAUGUCGCGCUACGGGAAGAAGCUGCCCACGGCGUUCUUCCAGCGGUUUGCGGGCGACAUGAGUCGGUUCUCGGAGGCCCAUUGUCGCGGACGGCUGAUUUCGGUGCUCGAGGGGGGAUACAGCGAGCGGGCGCUGACGGGGAGCAGUCUAAGCUACAUGCUUGGGCUGAUGGGUUGUGGGGGAUUGGAGUCGGAGGGGGGCGUGGCAUGGGAGGCGGGGCGGCUGGAGCGGCUGGUCCGGCUCUGCAAGCGAGGGGGCGAGCCGGGGCGGCGGGGGCAGCCGGCGAAGGGCGGCGAGGAGCCGGGGGACGCCGAGCGGCGGUGGCUGGCGGAGACGAGACGGGUGUUCGAGGCCGUCGACGGCUUCGGCCAGGCCCAGAACGCGCUCAAGUCCGUCGCCCGCCGCGAGCAGAAACAGCGCCUCCUCCAGCAGAACCUAGGCCUCCUCGACGCCCGCUCGCCCCACGGACCCCGUCGCAGCCAACGCCAUGCCAGCGCCUCCAGGCCUCAGCAGCUCCCUUCGACCCCGCCCAAGCCCGACCCCCUUCCUCCUAGACCCUCCGCCCCCGCAAGCCCGGCCUCAGAGCUCUCUUCUCCCCUCUCCUCCGCCCACGAAUCUUCCGCCGAUGACGCCCCCGACUUGGACUCUAGGGCGCCCGGCCCAUCCAUCGACAGCCUGUUCUCCGGCCUUCAGCUCGGCCCCGCCUCCCUUCCGCCGCCCCCUCCUCCAGCCCAGCCCGUCGCCUCUUCUUCUGCCCCUGCCCAACAGCACCACUUGCCCAAGGUCAAGAUCGUCUGGAAAGCCGGCGGCGUCUUCGGCUCGUCCCACAACAGCAACCCUCCCAGCCAGCCCCCCUCAGACCAGACAGGCCAUCAUGAGCACCAGAAGUAG